UCCUUGAUUAUAGAAAUGGAUUUAAGCUUUAAGGAAGAUUUUAGUGAAAGAUUGUGGCAACAUACACAUGAUGUAGGGUCAGAAUUAGAAAAAAAAAUUGAAAACAUGGAUGGAGCUCAAGAGGAACUUUUUGAUUUUUCUCAUACUAAAACAUGGAAUGAAGAUAUUCAUAUUCAUAUACCACACAAUUUAAAUGGGUUUGAAAAAUUACAAUAUUGGUUUGCUUAUUUAAAGUCAAGCCGAGUGGAUAUUAUAGCGCAGUUAGGUGGUUCCUCAGCCGUGUUUUUCAUUCAUGUUGAAAGUUUAAUUCUUAAGUUUUCUUUGGAUCCCGCUCUACAUUAUGAUUAUAAAGAUUUCACGCAGUCUUUACGUCUUGUUUAUUAUAUAGAAAAUUUUUUGAAUAUGUUAAAACAGUCAGGAGGAAUUUUUCAACUGAUAUUUUUUGAUUCUUUUAAACCACUAUUGAAUGAAAUAUCACCUUUUUUAUUACUUGUACGCAACUCUUUUCUUUUGGCGUGUACUAAAAAAAAUUCGGCCAAUUCAAUUGAUUUUUCUGUUUUUCCAUGUUUUGAGCAUAAAACUUUUAUUCAAUUUCUUUUAAACAUCCAGCCUCCUUUUUUCUUACUAGAAGAUUGCACAUCUUUUACUGAUGUUGGAAUAGCACAGCAUGUGUCUAAAAACUUAUGGAGUUUACCUUAUCUUUUAAUGUAUCGCAUUUUACAAAACAAAGUGAUUGUUGCUCUUGGUUUUAAUAUUCAAGCCAAAGGUCGUAAAUUUUAUGCUUUCUGUAUUACGCCCCCAAUUCCUUUGUUUGAAUCUACCACGGUUCAAAUGGUAUUGGAAUCGACGCAAUCAAUGGAGAAAAUAUGUGAACUUAGAACUUUUUCAAUGGAUGUUCUGCACGAAUUCAAUAUCUUGAAACAGUCUGGUCAACUACCUCUUUUUAGUGUUAGAGACCUGCUUAUUAUUGUGUCAACUUUAAGUUGUAUUCAGGAAACAGCAAAAGACUUGCCAAUGGAGACCUGUGAAAAGUUAUUACUUGUUUGUAAAUUGUUACUUUUAAGCUCUCACGUUUGCCGCUUGUUACCCUUACAAAAUAGAGCGUUAUUAGGUUAUAAAGAAAUGACUGAUGAUAUUUCGGAAAUUCAUUUGUUUAAAGAGGAUUUUUGUCAAAAACUUCAAUCCAUUCAAUCGUAUUUCAAUACAUACCUUGACGCGUUUAUGGAUUUUUCCAGCAAUACAAAAAAAUGCACUGAUUCUCUAAAACAAUUUUGGACUCUUUUUAAUAAUUUAUGUGAACCUUCAACUUUUGUUAGUGAUUUAUUAGAUGUUAUUGAUACCCGUUUCUUGUUUAUCAUGACAGUUCUUCUCUCUCAAAAUCUUGAUGAUUCAUUGCAAUUGCAAGAAUCUUUUGUUCAACUCCCUGAACCUAUCGCUUUUUCAUUAAAACGCUUGUAUAGUGCUCUUGAAUGUGUUGAUGACAAACCAUUUUUCCCUAUUGAUUUUCAACCAUUUCUUUCUUAUUUGCCUGGUCUACAAACGUUAAUAUGUUCUCAAAAUAUUUGCUCUUCUACAUCGUUACCAACUCUACAGUAUCUAGAUAAUAGGUUUAUGAAUUUCAUUAUUAAAGAAGAGACGAUUCAUUCAUCUUAUGCUCAGCAAAUUACCACCAAAAGUACAAAUGAGGAGACAACUUUUAGUCAAGAUUUUUGGAAAACAGAUAUUGGGCGUUCUUUUCGAACGGGAGUUUUAUUGGAUGUAGCUCAACUUGAAAUAGAACAACGCCUUAAAAUGGAUAAUAUGAAUACUUUUGCUAAACAAAAUCUUUCAAGUCAUUUAACGGGAUAUCAGAAACAAAAGUAUUUGUUAAAGCAAAAAUUACGAAUAGCGCAACGAGGUGCUACUACCGUUCAUAAAUUUGGAACCAGCUUAGGAACACCAUCUAAAUAUCAUCACAGCAUCAAAGUGUCUUUACAAGGGCAACAUGUGUGGAGUAAAAUAUUAACUAGUGCAUCAACAGACGCUGAACCUUUAACAAAACAAAAAGGUUUGGAAGGUAAAAAAAAAGUUUCCUUAAAAGCACAACAAAUUAUUCAAAAAAAUGAACAAAUUCAACAUCAAAAAAUAGUGUCAACAGACACUGAACGUUUACCUACGUUACUUGGUACCGUGUCCGCUUUAUUACAAAAGCGUUUACAACCUGGAGAAUUGUGUAUGCGUAUUCUUGAUAUCCUUGUGGGGACAGCACGUUUAUCGCAUGAAUUCUUUGAUUUUCCAGCUUUAUCCAGUUUCAUUACAUUACCAAAAAGUCGAGCUCAGGUUCUUAUUGCAACGAUAGAUGUUUUAUUAAAAACAGUAUUGAAUUAUUCAACUGUCAAGGAAACAUGUGACACUUGCGCUUUUGAAGAAGAUUUACAUAAUAUGUUAUGUUUUACAUUUCAAUUUGUUCAUCAUGUCAUUCGAUUUUCUGUACAUGUUUUAACACCCGAUGAUAUUGUUAAAAUACAAAAAUUACUACUUUUAUUAGGUUUUGAAAAAUCCUCCAAUUCUGUGUUUGAGUAUUGGAAAAAUGUCCAGUUAACAUGCCCACAAGAAGAUGAUUCCAAAGUCACGUCUUUAGCGAAAAAAGAAAAAGUGCAUAAAAAAAAAAUUACGGAUCAAAGCAAGCAAUUAGACAAAAAUACUAAAAAUGUGGCGUCAAUAGAGAAAGCUUAUGUUUCACCUCAAAGUGUAUCGCGUAUUUUUUAUAGUAUUCCAAAAAAGUUUGAAAAUGAAAUACAAAUGCAAUUUAUGGGUCAACAUAUGACUCGAAGUUUAGGAUCCGUCACAGAUGUUCGAGUCAAAUUUAAGCCAGAUAGUUGGCAAAUUCGUUUACUAGAUACAGUUGAUGCCUAUCGUAGUACACUUGUAUGUGCUCCAACUGGAUGUGGAAAAACAUUUGCUUGUUAUUAUGCUAUGGAAAAAGUUUUAACUUUUGAUAAUGAAGGUGUUUGCGUUUUCGUUUGCCCAUCAAAAGCUUUAGUGCAACAAGUAGAGCAUGAAGUUAAGGCUCGUUUCAGUACAAAAGAAUAUCCUUCUGGAUGUUCUAUGGGGCUUAUAGGAACUCUUUUGACGCAUAUUGAGGACGCUCCUCUAAAAUGUCAAAUACUUUUAACGCUUCCUUCCAUGUUUGAAAUGCUUUUAAUGUCACCCUAUUAUCGUGAUUGGGUGUCUCGUUUACGUUAUGUGAUUCUUGAUGAAGUUCAUUGCAUUGGAGAAGGCGAUGAUGAAGGACGAGCUUGGGAACGACUCAUUCAACUUAUUCCUUGUCCAUUUAUUGCACUUUCAGCUACCGUUGCUAAUCCUUAUUCAUUUCAUCAUUGGUUAAGUAUAGCUCAUAAAAGUAAUACCGAACAAAAUCUGCAAAUACAUAAAAAAAAAAAUGUUAACCUAAUCUUUUUCAACGAACGUUACGCUGAUUUGAAUUAUUACAUUUUUGGACGUACUGACGAUCCUUUAGCGGAAAGCAACAUUUUACCUUUAAAUCCUAUUAUAUGUCUAACCUAUAAUCAAGUUAUAAUAGAUGGUAUCACUCAAACUUUUUAUUUACCUAGUGGUGAUCUUUUAAAUGCUUAUGGAGUAGCAAAAAAUCUCCUUUUAGCUUAUUACGAUAUUGAUGAAACGACCGAAACCUCGACUUCUCUUCAAUUUUCUCAACUUUCCAAAGUGCAACAAAAAGAAUUAAUGACUUUUGUUACCAUUAUGAGUCCGUCGUGUUACUUCAUUAACACUGCAUGUAUAUCUAAAAAACAAUACAGAUAUUAUAUGCAAUGGUUUAUUAUGACAUUUUCACAAAUGAUUCAAUGGGGUAUUAUAACUCAAAAACUGUUCAAGUGUAUUCAAAAAAAUCUUAUUGACAAACACCCCAUUCAACAUAAAAAAGAUGUCGUGAAAGGAACUUUAUGGAAACCUUAUGUAAAAACCGUUUCAACGGACUUUAGCAAUUUGAAGAAAAUGUCUAACGAAGAAAAUCUUCCCGACUCCGAUUUAAUCGAUACAAAUGUUUUCUCUUCGUAUUGGUGCGAAGUUGACGAAAAACACAACCCUUACACGAAUCCUGCAGUAGUGUAUGAUUUUUGUCAAAAACUUUACCGUUUGAAUUUCAUGCCUCUCUUAUUAUUUAAUUUUAAUAGAUGCGUUGUAACGCAUCUAUUUCAUAGUCUUUUAAACCAUCUUGUAGAAAUGCAACAUAAAAAAUAUUAUGGUACACCUGAAGCAGCAGCCUCGACGCGUAGCAUUAAUAAAAAAAGAAUGGAUGAUUAUAAGGCCCUUGUUCGUCACAGAGAAAUGAUGGCGAAAAUGAAAACCGUAUCAAAACGACAAAGAGAAGAAGAAGAUAUUGAAGUGGAAGAUACAGAUUCUUUACCUUUACCUCCUCCACCUAUAGAUAUAGCUGAAGAAUAUGAUGAGGAAUUUGGAUUUGCUAAUAGACGUAUAUGGGGUACCAAUUAUGAUGAAAUCCAAAGAAUUCUUGCUCGAAUUAGUACGCGUUUAGAUAAAAAAACUUCGAUUUAUGUUGAAGGGUUACGGCGUGGAAUUGCGUUUCAUCAUAGCGGUUUGGGUCGAAGAUAUCGAUCAGGUGUUGAAAUGCUGUAUCGUAUGGGGUAUCUCCGUGUUGUAUUUUCAACGGAUACACUCUCUCAUGGUGUUAACAUGCCGUGUAAGACGACUGUGUUCUUAGGCGAUUCACUUUUAUUAACACCUUUACUUUUUCGACAAACGUCAGGAAGAGCUGGGCGUCGAGGUUUUGACGUUUUAGGUCAUGUUGUGUUUUGGAACGUUUCUUUUCCAAAAAUCAAACGGCUCAUUUGUGCUCGUUUACCUAUUUUAUCAGGAGAAUUUAAUGUGACGACAACAAAUGUGAUGCGAACAUACCAUUUACUGAAUACCGUUUAUAAUCGACAACGUGAAGCAUUAAAACAAAAACAAAAAGAAUCGUGUGUUUUACAAAUUAAAAAAAUGCAAACCGCAUUUACUGAGCAAUUUUGUGAUCUUGAAAAAAGUCUUUUUCGUAUGUAUGAAACUCCCUUAUUAAUGGUUUCCACUUUAUCUAUUGAGAAAAAUAUAACAAAUCUUUUGCACAUCCGUAAAGCAAUCAACUGGGCGUUCCGAGUGGCUGCAAAUCAAGCUCGUUUAUAUAAUUUUUUAAAUGAAAAAGGUGUUCCUAUGGGUCUUGCUGGACUACCGGUCUUGUUAUAUAACGAAGAACCGGGAAAUCUAGCUCUCACAGUCACCUUGUUAAGUGGUGCAAUUGAAAAAUAUUUAAACCGACCUUUACAAGAAAAUGAAAUGAUACCCACCGACCGAUUGAAUACAGAUGAAGAGGUUACCAUGUUUCAGCUUUGUCGUUUUAUCACGUUAAUAGCUCAAUUUGUAGCUCCAGUGGAAAUGAAUUAUAAUAUUUAUCUUCGAAUGAAGCUGGAUUCUUCUUUUGAUUGUUUAUUACCAGCGGUAGACUCAACUCUCUCCAAGUAUCUUGAAGAAUUCAAUGCAAUAGCAUUUGAGAGUGCAAAACUUUAUGUAAAACUUUUAACAACCACGACAGCAAUGGAUUCAGAAAGCAAAUUAACUCUUCCUAUAACACAUACAGAUUAUAAAACCAGUUCAAACGUAUCUCAUGAUUUUUCAAAUGCUUCUAGUUUCUUAUUUCAAGGACUUUUAAAACAACACAUGUUUCCCUUCAAAUGUCGUUCACCCUUUACUGCCAUUUGUGGUCGAACAGAUGAGGAUUUCGCUUCUUUAUCUGAACUUCAAAGUUCUAUACCUCAGGAUGUUUUCUUUGAUACAUCACUUAUCUCUUACUAUUCCCCGUAUACUGUCACAUUUCAAAACACCAAGCGCUAUCUACUAAGUAAUUAUAUACCCCAUUUUUUCUCUUAUCGAAGCCAAAAGAAAACAUCUUUAGCUUCUUGUGUGAAUCCAAAUGAUUUAUGGGAUCAUAUGACACGCUAUGAAAAUUGUUUAUGGAUUGUUAUGACGUAUAUUAAAGAAUGUAUACACUCGUCGAGCGAGUUUUUUAAAGGAAAUGUAACUCCGGAAACUGUUGAAUUUUUAAAAAUUGUUCAACAAAGCUUCACAUUAUUUGAACAAUUUAAAAAGGCUGAGGCUGCAGUAUAAUUUUUUUUAAAGUAUUACAAUUAAAUUCAUUUCAUGAAAAAACAUUCAUAUUAAAAUAAAACUGUGUGCAUGCACACUUGUUGAAAAGCUAUAAGCCAAAAUGUUACAAUAACCUUUAGAAACAAUUUUGUAGAAUAA